UAUGUUUUCAUUAAAACUUGUCAAGUUUAGUGUCUUAGUAUUAUAUGUGAUUUUAUAUACAAAAGCGAAAUAUGCAACGAAAAAACAAACAGAUCAGAUAGAUAAGUUAUUAAUGUAUUCGGGAUGGAAAAAUUUAAAUGUUGUGAAAUAUGUAAAAUAUAACCAUUUAAAAUAUUAUCUUAAAAAUUUAAUUGAAACACCUACACAUCGAACUCUAUGUUUGACAAAGGUACGUACUUUGACUAUAUAUCUUGGAUGCAAAUAUGCAAAAGUGACGAAUAAUCUUUUUUUAAUUAUUAUCAACUCCCUAAAAAUGUGUACAAAAAAUAAAAAUAAAAACAAUUUAUUCAUAUAUACCGAAGGAUUCAUAAAAAUAAUAACUAUAUUAAUUUUUCCAAUAGCAACAUUGAUGAAAGGUGCUAUGGACGCAUUAAAUUUAAUACAUUUUUUACCAUGGACUGAUUUUAAAGAAAACAGCUGCAAUCACUACAUAAUUAGUCCUUUAUUGAAUGAAAUAAAAGAUAUUUUUGAUAAAUUAAACCAACGAACUCUAUCACGUGAUGAUAUAUCUACAUAUAUUUGUACAUUUAAGACUAUAUAUUUAUUUUCUAAAAAUAUAAUAGAAGAAUUAAAAUAUGAAACUGAGUUAUAUUGUGAAUUUGUACCUUAUAAUCGGAAUUAUUUAUGGAAUGAAUGGAUUCAAGAAUAUAAAGCCAUUAUUAAACACGAUAAAAGAUUAGAUUUUUUAAAGUUUUUAACCAGAAAAUUUAAAGAUUAUAUCAAGACAGUAAUUAUUGAAAAUUAUUUUCAACUGGGAUUUAAAUUUGAUCCAAUUACUGAAGAAACAUUUUUACCAUUACCAAAUGAACUAAUUAUACAAGAAUUGGAACUUAAAGCAACAGAUGAAGAACCACCAACGCUAUUACAAAUAGAAACUCAUUAAAUGUUGUAAAAAAAUAAUAUUUUUUCUAUGUUUAUGUUAUUUCAUUAAUCACAAUUUACUUUAUUGUUUAGUAAUUCUUUAAAUUAUUGUUUAAGUAUAAACAUAAAUGGUGUAUUAUACAAUUAUUUUUUGGUUGUUCAUACCGAGAAGUUCAAUAUAAUAUUGAUACUAACAAUUAUAAAAAUUAAAAAAAACCAAGUCGCGGCACUGUGGUGACAUGGCAUAGUUGGGUUCAGUAAAAUGAUAUCUGACAUUGAUUAAAAUCACUAUCAUAAAAAACGUUUCGAUGCAAAUCUUUAGAUAUUGUUUAAUUUUAAAAAAUUGGUGGAUUAUUCCAAAAGCUACAUGAUCUGUUAUUUCCUUAUUUAUAUCUUGAUUAAGUAUGUCGAUUGAAACAUGUAUAUAAAUACUACUUCUCAUGAAAAAAUUGUAUUAAUCCAUAUAUUUUUCAAAAAGUUAUAGCAUAAUAAAGUUAAAAAUGUAAAAUACAAAAUCGAGAAUUUUCACACAAAAAUAGCAUUCGGUAGCUAAAAAAAUAAUUAUUUAUGAAAAAGUUGUCAUUUUAAAUACCCCCCUGUGGGCAGUUAAAGUGUCAAAUUUAUAAAAAAAAAUGAUAGGUAAAGACAUCAAGCAUUUAUAAAAAAAAAGUUAUAUUGAUUUGUUCAUUUUUUAAAACAUUAUGGCAAUUAAAACAUUAGUUUUAAAAUAAAUUGAGAAAAUUUCGAAAAUUAGCAAUUUUUAAAUUUGUAAUUUUUUUGGAGGUUUCCCCCAUUUACGGUGAACGAGGGAAAUUUUUGAGGGUAAUAUUUUUGAAUAGAUACGAUUUGUGAUCUUUUGACGUAUUGUUGAAAGAUAUCGGUUCGGUGAGAUCUGAGAAAAAGUGAUAAGACACAAAAAAAAAACACGUCAUAGUAAAACCAUUAUCUUCUUAGCUUCGCAUCGAAGCUAAAAAUAGAGUAUUUCUAAAUAUCAAAUAUAUUAUUGAAUACAAUAGGUUAUAAUUAUAAAGAAUAUAGUUUAAAUAUAUUUCAAUUGUAACAUAUAUUUAAAAACCAAGAGUUACAUAGAAAUGAUUUAUUACGAUAUAAAUACAAAAAACAUAAUUUUAACGAAAUUUUGGGCUUUCUUAUACAUUUAUUAUUUAUUUUAGUCUACAGUUAUUAUGUAAUAACGAUAAAAUAAAAAAUAUAAAAUAAUUUUUUAAAUCUUUAUACAUUUUAGCUUCGAAGCGAAGCUGAGAAGGUGUUGGUUUUAUUAAGAUGUAUUU